GACAAUGCAGAGCUUCAUCUAGUUUGCACAAACUGAUUGAUUCAUUAUGUCGACCUGUGGAACUGCAUGCUAACGCUAAUUCCGUGACUACACGGAGGGCUAAUGUAUCAAUGACGUGGUCAGGCUAGAAAUCGAUCGAAAACGACUUGCAGCCAUGCUUGCAGCAGGCUUUUCCCCGACCCCCAUUGGGUAAAGUGUUUCUAUCCCAAUCCUGCACUUUCAAACCACGCAGGCGUGAGAGAGGGGUUUCGUCAACUGUGAUCUUCAAUUGCUGGAACUUUAUAGCGUCGUUAUUAGCCUACAACGAUGGAGGAAAAUACUGUUAUGCAAGAGAUUUUUCGGCCGUCUAACAGAAAAUCUGCAGUCUGGGCGUAUUUUGGCUUAACGAAAGAUGCAAAUGGACAACUGAAUGGCUUGCCUAUUUGCAAUACGUGCAGAAGUAAAAUCAAAGCGAAAGGAGGUAACACAACGAAUUUAAUGAACCAUCUACGUGACAAACACAAGCAGCUUUAUAAUCAGCUGAAGUCCAAGCAGAACAAAUCAGCAACACCUCAAGAAGACUAUGAACCCAUCAGAUUCCAGGAAGAGCUUACAUCUGGGACUGCCCUAUUCCGGACAAAGAUCCUGUCUCUCAUGGAGUCUUUGAUGGUGAAAACGACAUCAGAAAUUGUCUCCAUAUUUGAUGAAAUUUACAUGGGAGCAGAGGCUGAGUUAAUACAGAGGAGGAAGGAAGUGGCAGCCCUCACACACAGACUGAAGGAGAUGGAGCAAUUGUGUACUCAGGAUGUGUGCGACAACCUGCCGGUCCUCAAAGUGGAGCCAGAACAGCGUUUUUUGGAAACCGCCCUGUUCCAUGGACAGCCAGUCCCAGAGAGCACAGAGACUGUGGAGUUUGCACUGGAGUGUGUGGUGAUGAAGGCAGAGGAACCAAUGAACGCAGAAGCAAUGGUGCAGCAACCUGAGUACCAGCUGGAGUUGAACAGUGUGCCGGACGCUCCACAGGAGCUCCUGGUCAGAGCUGAUGAGGAGCUGCCGAGAGCUCCAGUCUGGCCAGCAGAGGGCGCCGAGAGCCAUUUCCCUGCUGUAGGGCAGCCGCACCAUCACACGGACCAGGAAACAACCUGCUCCACCGCCACAGCAGAACCUAGUUCCAGCAAGGCCAUAGAGGAAUCUACCGGUCCGAGGCAGGAUGGGGAAGUCAGGGGUUCUCCACUGAAGUCAAAUCAGGCCUUCCAUACCAUCGAUCAACAGCAAAGCCAGCCCGCUGGUAGGACAAUUUCCAUCUCCUCUUCAGCACAGCACACAAGUUCCCCUCUGGUCCCUCAAACUGAAGAUGAUGUAAAUGCUAUGGGGUUCACUAGAAAACAUAAAAUAAGAGUGCGGCUUAGAGACUUUCCUUCAUGGCAGGAGUUCAAAAAGCAGUGCCUGGAGUUCAGCUCUGCAAGCUUCUCCCCAGAUGCCCACUCCUCCUCUGCUCCACAGGAGCCCCUGGUCAGAGCUGAUGAGGAACUGCCGAGAGCUCCAGUCUGGCCAACAGAGGGCGCUAAGAGCCAGUUCCCUCCUAUGGGGGGGCAGCCGCGUCAUCAAACGGACCAGGAAACAACCUGCUCCAGCAUGGCCACAGAGGACCCUUCCGCCACAGCAGAACCUAGCUCUAGCAUGGCCACAGAGGACUCUUUAGGUGCCAGGCAGGAUAGGGUGGUCAGUGGCACUCCAAAGUCCAACGAAGCCACCCCUGCAGCUGGUAGACGUCGUGGUCGGUCUGCGGGUCUGAGCCCAGAGAGUCUGUCAGCACCAGGCAUAACCCUUCAUCUCAGGAGCCGUUCAGCUGUGGUGAACACCAGCGGCAGAAGUCAUGACACUUUAGAUGAGCUGGACAGCUCUCUAUGUAUGGAUCCACCUGGAACAAACGGUCUACUGUCACCAAAAGCAGAGAACUCUUCAGUGGUCACAACUGGACAGGAGACUACAAGUCACUGUGUGUCUUCUGAAUCUGAGACUGAAAAUCCCUCUGACAUGGAGGUGAAAUCCACUGCAGUCAAGAGAAAGAAAGCAAAUUCUAAAGCCAGGGUGAAAUCAGGAGACACAAAUCAACAAGGUAAAGAAGACACAUCAUUAAAAAGAAGCUCUGCAGAGAAGAGUGAGAAGAUUCCAAGAAAAAAACGAAGGAUGACUGAUCCAGAGUGCAAACAUGAUGUGAAUGGUGCCUUUUAUCCCUUUGAAAAAAUUCUGCAGAGACGAACUACAGUUGAUGGUCAAGAGGAAGUGAGGGUGAAAUGGUGGCCGUGUUCUUCAUGUGGUGCGAAAUGGAGAAACUCCUGGGAGCCAGCCUAGAGAAUGACGGCAUGACACUGAUUUCAUUCAACUUGAAAUUCUAGUCAAGUCAUUUGGUUGCGAAGAAGUAUUUCAGAAAGUCUGAGAUGUAUUGUGAGGUAAAUUUGGAUAUAAAGACAGGCACAUUAAUUGUCUAUACUGUAGUAGAAAAUAGAAAAGUUACCCAAAUCACUCUUUUACGUGAAUGUGUGAAAUAAUAAGACUAUCUUUGAUAAUCAAUAAUUAGGCUAUAUGCAUUAUGCAUACAUUAUAUGACUUUUGUAGAUGUCUUAAGAUAUCAGACUUACCUAGCUUCCACCAUUGACUACCUCUUGAGAAUACCAGACAACUUGAAUGCCAGGCAUGGUGCAAGGGAUGUUUACUGUUUCUACGUACUCUUUUUCACUAAUUUCCAUUUAAUCCCAAAGACUUUUGUGAUAAGGCAGUGUUGCCUAGAUCACCUGAAUACAUAGUUAAAUUAGCGUUCUACUAACAAGACUAUGUAUGGCUAGUGAUAUUGUUCAUAUAAAGUCAAUAAAAAGGUACCAUUUAA